CACCUUUCAUUCCAGCACUGCACCGGCGAGCAGGAUGAGUCACAGGCACGCGCUGGUGCUUAGAUUCCCAUAGGUGAGGGGCUGACUCCUCUCUCUGGGAAAUCGCGGUGCUUGGUCCGCCUGGAGAGGCCUCGGCAGGGUGCUGGUGCCCUCCGUCUGCCCGGUCUGGUCUCCGGGGCCAGGGCUGGGUUCCCUCAUGGACAGCAAGGGCACACGGCGGGCCGAGCUGCUGCUGCUUGGCAUACAGCUGACAGUUCUUUGGCCUAUAGCAGCGGUGGAAAUUUAUACCUCCCGAGUGGUGGAGGCUGUCAAUGGGACAGAUGUUCGGUUAAAAUGCACUUUCUCCAGCUUCGCUCCUGUGGGUGACGCACUAACAGUGACCUGGAACUUCCGUCCUCGGGAAGGAGGGCCCGAACAGUUUGUCUUCUACUACCACAUGGAUCCCUUCAAACCCAUGAGUGGGCGUUUCAAGGACCGGGUGGUCUGGGACGGGAACCCUGAGCGGUAUGAUGCCUCCAUCAUCCUCUGGAAGCUGCAGUUUGAUGACAAUGGGACGUACACCUGCCAAGUGAAGAACCCCCCUGAUGUUGACGGGCUGAUAGGGGAGAUACGGCUCAGCGUCGUGCACACUGCACGCUUUUCUGAGAUCUACUUCCUGGCUCUGGCCAUUGGCUCUGCUUGUGCACUGAUGGUCAUAAUGGUAAUCGUGGUGGUCCUCUUCCAGCAUUUCCGGAAAAAGCGAUGGGCUGAAAGAGCUCAGAAAGUGGUGGAGAUAAAAUCAAAAGAAGAGGAAAAACUCAACCAAGAAAAAAAGGUCUCUGUUUAUUUAGAAGACACAGCCUAACAUUCUUAUAUGGAAGCUGAAGAACAAGAACCCUAGGAUAAGUUGAAGUUAAACAAAGCUUUUCUUUGGCUUUUACAGUUGGGACCUGUCUUCCCACCAGCUCUGCAGCACAUUAUCUCAGAAAUAAGCGGCAUCCCUUUGGAGCUGGCACAGGGCUCUUCCUGAGCAGAUACCACCAGACUCACACACAGCCCCAUGACUAAGGUUUUAUUUGAUCUGAGUGCGAAUAUUUUUCAAAUGCUUUUGUACACUAAGAAGCUACAGUUUUGCCCUUAAACACUCCCUGUGUUUUACGACUUAUACACAUACACGUUGGCACCAUGGGAUAAAAAGCCAACUUCUCUGUCAUGACAAUUCCCUGGACAGAUUGGUUUCUUUAGAGCGGCACUCUUGCCACUAAAGUUAAUGUGUGUACUCAUUCCUUCUCAGUCUCAAUUAAAAGGUGAGCUAAUUCUCCCGUAUGUUUUUGAUUAACAGAAAAAUCUGAAAUUCAAACUGUUAACAGUUUGAUUUUUUUGGCCCCCCUUAAGUAAGGGGUCACAUCUUACUGCAUUUUUUUCAAUAUCCUACAUGACAGGUUUUUUUUUUUGUCAAUUGAUCCAAGGUUUAUAAUAGCACAAGUCUAAAUUACAGAGUAACUAUAAAAGGUUACAUAAACGCUAACAGAUUGACAAAUGUCACUGCAUGUGACUCACUGACACCUGUGUCAUGAAAAACACAGGUCUUUUAUGAGCAGUGAAUGACUGUUGAGCUUACCAUAUUUUUUUCCCCCAAUUCAAUUGUUUAUAACAGAGCCAAGUCUGCUCAUUUGUAGACUGGAAUCAUUAAGCAAUUAAAUAGAAGUAUUCUGAAAUAGUAUAUUACAACUUGAAAAAUGUAGGGCUGGUGGAAAAAAAAAUCAGUCCUCAAUGCUAAUUUUGAUUAGUGUUAUACAACACUCCUGAGAACUGGAAGAGAUUAAUUUUUUUCUUUUUCUUUCUUUUACUAUUCUUGUUUUUUGUUUUAAUUUACUUGCUUACUUUGGGGAAGGAGGAUAUGGUAUGGGGCAAAGAAAUACUAAAACAGAAUGGAAACAGCUUUCUUCUUUUUUCCCUUAUGCUAGUAGAAAAAGCAAACUUUAUAAGUUAGCUAUGGAAAGAGUGCUUUUAAAAAAGUAGCUUCCCAGUGUCUUUCCAAACUUGAGCUACAAUAGCAUUUAUUCAAAGGAUAGGAAACAUGUAAAAGUUUACAUACCCGCCCCCCCUCAAAAUCUGCACAGUCUGAUAUUUUCAGUUUUCACUUGACUGGGGUGAAGAUGUUAUUUCUUUUAAUAAACUGGAAUUUUCAAAUAAGUUAUCUGUAUUGAAACAUGCUGAACUUUGAUAUUUUUUCCAAUACUUAAAAAACAAUUGGUAUAACUUACAUAUUAACCUUGAUUGUGAAAUUCAUUCCAUACCUGUCUCAUUUUGCCUAAUAUAGUGUCUAAAAAAGUAAAGUUUCAAUACCCAAUUCUGAAACUAAAAAUGAGAUUUAAAGUCUGUAUUACCUUUAAUUCACAUUUUCUAUUUUUCUUCAUAAUUCAAGCUUUGAAAAUAUAACUGGAUAUUUUUUUUCAAACAAAUGGCCUGGGUGAUGUUCCAUAAAUGUAUUGAAGUAGUAGUUAAAAACUCAUGGAAAUUCUUUGCAGCAAUAUUUGUAGCCUGUAUCUUGGAUAAAUACUUAAGGGUUAAUAUGGCCUUGUUCAGUGUCUUCUUCCUAAAGAGAACUUUUGUAUUGUAAUUUAUUUUUUAUUGUGCCUUUAUGUAAAUAGCCUUUAGUAAUAAAGAAUUAUCAAUUAUA